AUGUUGACCCGCACUGCACCUCGAGCUGCGCUCUCUGCCCUCACUCCCUCACUCCGCCUGACCUGCGUCUCUGCUGCCUCUGCAGCGCUUCAGUUCCAGACCCAGAAGUUCCACGCAAGCUCUGCGAUCCGCAAGGGCAUCUACCCUGACUCCGCAGACCCGCCGGCUCCGAACCCCGAGUCAAAUAAUGUCGCCGGCGGUGCUUCGCACGUGAAGGAGCCAUCUCCAUUGACAGACCCGGAGUACCAUGAAUACUCAGAGCAUUAUUUCAAUGUCCUCUUGUCGGAACUGGAGCAGGCGCAAGAGGAUGGUUCCGACGUGGAGGCGGAGUACAGCGCCGGCGUACUGAAUAUCAUCGUCCCAGGAGUAGGCACGUACGUGCUGAACAAGCAGCCUCCAAACAAGCAAAUCUGGCUCAGCUCCCCGAUCUCCGGACCGAAGAGAUUCGAUUGGAUCCUGGAAGGCGACCAGAUGCAUGAAAAGCAGGACUCACGGCCCUAUAUACAUGGCCAAUGGAUCUACUUGCGUGAUGGCACGAACCUCACCGAUAUCCUCAACUCGGAGCUGACGCUGAAUCUACCAAAGGAUAUCUACGGUGAAAGCGAGGAGUAG